CUGGGCUUCAGUUCCAGAAUCGACCAGAGAGAGUCAGACACGUAGUCGCAGUCGCACAAAAAUUACAGCGACGAUUAUAGCUGAAACAUUUUUUUUGUGCCCACCGUAACGUGAGACACAUAGGGAGAUCAAUCUGAGAGCUGGGAAAGCUCGACUGGGGCUGUUUUUAUUUACAGGGUAAAGGAAUAAAAACGGCGAGCCACUUUCUCUUUCCUUUCCUGUCCUCCCCUUUGUCUAGUCGUGCCGUGGCCUGGAGAUUUCAGUAUCGCUGACAGAACGAGGCACUUCCUCUUAGUCUCUCAGCCGCCUCACUGCGCCUCCGUACCGGAUCCCAGCGUGGCCUCGGUCCCUGCACCUGGAGUCUAAUGCUUGUGGAGGAUGAGUCCCGCACUAGAAGCUAUCAUGCAGGCGGAGCAACAGAGAUAUUCUAGCAAAGGGGUGCUGCUUGAACCCUUUGUACACCAGGUGGGGGGUCACUCCUGUGUGCUCCGCUUCGGCGAGCAGACCAUCUGUAAGCCCCUCAUCCCACGGGAGCACCAGUUCUACAAGAGCCUCCCGGCCGAAAUGAGGAAGUUCACCCCGCAGUACAGAGGUGUUGUAUCAGUCGGCUUCGAGGAGGAUGAGGAGGGGAACCUGUGCCUUAUCGCGUACCCCCUGCACAGCGAGCCAGGGAACCUCGAGAACAUGGACCCCACUUCCGACUGCGAGCCCAAAAACAAGAUGGUGAAGUGGGGCAACAAGAAGCCAUCGGGUCUGCUCCUGGAGAGUGACAACUAUGGCAAAGACAGAACCAGGCUGAUGCGCAAAGAUGACAAAAUGAAGAGUCACAACCGUGAGGACCUGCAGCAGGCUGAGGUUCUGUACUACAGCCUGGAAAAGGGCAAUGUGGUAUCACAAAUCAAGCACAACCCCUGGAGCCUCAAAUGCCACCAGCAGCACUUACAGAGGAUGAAGGAGAACUCCAAACACCGUAACCAGCACAAAUUCAUCCUGCUGGAGAACCUGACAUGGCGGCACACAAUGCCCUGCGUGCUGGACCUGAAGAUGGGAACACGUCAGCAUGGGGACGAUGCCACGGAAGAGAAGAAGGCCAACCAGAUUCGAAAGUGCCAACAGAGCACGUCAGCCUCCAUUGGAGUACGGCUUUGCGGCAUGCAGGUAUAUCAGUCAGAGUCAGGGCAGCUCAUGUUCAUGAACAAGUACCAGGGGCGCAAGCUGACACUGGCGGGCUUCAAGGAGGCACUCUUCCAGUUCUUUCACGACGGGAGCCGCCUGCGACGGGAGCUGCUGUCCCCGGUGCUGCGGCGGCUGCGUGAGAUGAAGGCCGUGCUGGAGUCCUGCGAGUCGUACCGCUUCUACUCCAGCUCGCUGCUCAUCAUCUAUGACGGCCAGCCGCCCCGCGCGCGUCACCCGCGCCACCGAGGGGGCGAGGAGGGCGAGGAGGACGAGCUCUCUGAAGAGGAGGAAGAGGAGGGGCCAGGCUUCCCCUGCGGCGGCGCGGCAGCCGGCGGGGGCGGAGGCGGGGUGGGCGUGGCCGGCCGCUCCCCCAUCGGGGAGGGGAGCCCCUCGGUGGACGUGCGCAUGAUUGACUUUGCCCACACCACCUGCCGACAUUACGGUGAGGACAGCGUGGUGCACGAAGGCCUGGACAGCGGCUACAUCUUCGGCCUGCAGAACCUCAUCACCAUCAUUUCUCAGCUGGAGGAGCACAGCGCGGACUAGGCCCCACUCCGUCUCUGAACUAACUUAUGGCAUGUGGUCACAUACCCACUUCUCCGUGUGUGAGUUCACAAAUCACGGAUUUCCCGCCUUCCCCCGAGUGGGCCUGCGUGCGGGACGCAAGAGCAUUUAGGAGAGCGAGAGGGGAUGUCCCUAAGCCCUGGUGGCCGACCCAAAGGGACAGAACUGCUAGAGCUCUGCCAGUGCUCUGCCAGGUUUCUAUGACAGCACUUGCUGCUCAUUAUGUGCAAGGGAUGGCAGCAGCGGCGAUUUUAAGAGACUACAAUCUAUGGUGUCUUCACUUGUUUACUGACUGCUCUUCCUCUACUGUUACAAAUUUCAGGUCCUUGGUAAAAAUGACGGAGUUGACGUCAAGUAGCAAGCAAAAGCUUAAACUGCAAAAUAAAAUAGAAGCCAGUUAUGAGCUCUGUGACCCUUGAACCUUUGCUCACGCUGGCCAUUCUGAAAAAAAUGGUACAGUGGAGGUUCAUCAAUCAGACAUUUUGCAUGUGUUUUCAUCAGCUUCCAGAGCUGUGCAGACAUAUCAGACUGGUCUGUACUGCUGAAGAGUCUGGAAGUAAAAAGACCAAGUGAGAGAACGAAUGUUGAACUGAAAGGAGAAGCAAGAUUGAGAGGCUCAAGGGAGAAAUAAACUUCACUUCAACUCAGCUCUCCCACUUCCUUAUCCCUUGUAAACCGAUGAAGGGAUAAUCCUAAGGUGAAUGAGAGACUAAAAUAUUUAGUAUUUACAAGGGACAGCAUCAGCACAGUUUAUUUUUCCUGAUAUUCUGUCCCAGCUCUUCAUUCCUGCAAUGGUGGAAAAGGAAGAAGAUAUAUUGAAAUUAAUAAUAGAACUAUAUACAGAUUUUUAUUUAUUUGACAUAUUUCUUAAAACAAACUAAUUGAAUGAAGACCAACUACAUUCCAUAUUACUGUUAUUCGUGUUAUAAUAAUAAUAUUAAUUAAUAUUGUUAUAUGACUGAUACCUUUGUCUUAUAUACCUGUGUCGACAGUAUGUUGGGAGAAAAAUAAAAAUAUGAUAUGUUUCCUGUAAA